AUGUCGCCUGCUACUAUCGGUGCCAGUUCCGAUGCACUGGGUGCAACUGAGCAAAAUGGCGCCCGUGAGGUCCCUGGCAACAAAGUUAACGACAAGAAGAAAAACAAGGUGGAAAAAGACACAAAACCGGCCAAAAGCCGAUCGGUGUCGCCAAACCCUCCUACUCUACAGCCCAUGGUGGAAGAAACGCCGCCAGAGGACCGGAGAAAGUCCGACAGGUCGCUCAAGUCGCUGCUCUGUGGCACCUUCGACUUUGCAUUGAAGGUGUUGCGAUCGCCGUGGCUUGCUUUCGCCCUCAGUCUCUCGACAAACUUCGCUGUGCUCGUCAUCGAGGGCGUCUUAGGCAAGGGCAUCGGCGUGAUCGGCGUAGUCCCCUUCUUAAGCGUUGUUUUCACCGUCUUUGUGCUCGUCAUGGAGAUUGUUCGUCGCCAGAACAAGUUUCAAAGGGUCAUUUCCAAACGGGACGUCUAUCUCCAGCUCUGGUCUGCUAUCAAGUACGGUAUGGUCAUCGUUUACUUGGGGCUUACUAUCGGGUACAUUGUCACCUUAGUGACGGGGACCAUAAAAAACCCGCUCAGUCUUUCUCAUGAACACCUUCAUUCUCUCAACCUUCUGCUUAAUAACCGUGUCGCUAUAGUCGUCAUGUCUAUUGUGGGCAUGUUGACAAACCUUCUUGUCCUUGUCCAUGUGUGGGAGAUCUCCAAGAAGGGCAAGGUGCAGAUCUUGAUAGCUUUGGCUUGCAUUGUGAAUUUUGUUAUCAGUGUGGCAGAAAUCAAGAUCAGCACAAGUGCCAACACCAACUUGGCCUGGUCCGACGACCUUGACAUGACAGCAUUGCCGAUGCUCUACAUAUACACUGAGUCCUUUUCCGUAAGUGGCUCGUUGAUUGGUCUUUCCGUCGCCGCUAUCGUCAACGAUAAGAAUCGUCUUUCCGAGACAGUGGGCCAGUUCCUUUUUUUGCACGACGGCUUCAUGCUAGUGCUAGCCAUCUUGAGUUUGGUAAGCGCUAUUGACUCGGUGGUUCGUCAGCAUGUCCACGAUAAACUGGUUCCGACUGCUUUGAAUGUUUUUUACUUCUUCACAUUUGCGCUUUGCAUUCUUCUCAUCACAUGUUCCAGAUAUUUGAGGUCUAGGCGUCCUCCUUCGUUCGAGGUCGAGGAGCUCGACCUUUCACGCCUUACAGAUGCACAAAAAUCUGCUUACGCAAAAUUAAUCACCUACAACAAAAAUGCCAACCCUGGGGUUUCGGGCGAGUCUGUCAUUGCUAUGAUGGAAGCUUAUAGCCAAAGCAAACUUGAUAAUAUGCAUUGCACCGUAUUAAGAGUAUACAAGUCGGAAAAAAUCAAGCAGCAGGAGCAAGACGAAGCUCGCUCCGGUCUCGCUGAUAAGGAUACUUGGGAUGUCAUUGAUAGAGAGGGCACAAUUUUUGAUGAGGAGGCGACCUUGUAUGACAGCGAAUCCAUAGUUAAGGCCCCUAAGCCUUUGUCGAAAAAUCAGAGAAAGAAGCUUGCAAAGAAAGCAGCAGCCGAGGGUACACAAUAUCCUCUCGAGCUUCCUACAGAGCAAGAUAUCCGAGAACAAACUAAGUUUCAUGCUGACUUGAUGGCAACUGAAGCACUCGUCCUUCUCACAACUAUUGAAGAGUACGACAUCACCUCUACCCUUACUGGAAGAUUUGGCAGGCUCCUACAGAGAAAGUUUGGAAAGAAUUCAAAGUCGAAGCUUUUAUGCUUCAGGAUCGGCUUGCUUGGAUUUCAUUGGCCAUUCAUCAGAUCCACAUUCUACUGUCAACAUUCUGAGAAGCCAGUCGCUAGAAGCGCUGCUGUCAUGCACGCUAUUGGCAAAUGGAAUAAGAGAAAGCCCUCCAGUGAUAGAUGCAGCGUCAUGAUAGACCCCACAAUCAAGAAUACACCCGCUGAACAAGCUAUUCGUCUUGGAGGAUGGUACGACAUCAACCUUCCCGCAUCACAUAUUAUCAAUAUGAAACCACAUAAGGGCAAGACUGCUACUGAAUAUUUCAAGGCAGUCAAAUACAGAAAUCAAGAUGGUGAGUUCAAACGAAGUAAUGGUGAAGUGAUCGAAGUCAAGGAACCAGAUGAUGAAAGUUGCCAAUUGAUCAUUGAUCUUUGGAACAAGAUCGCUGAGGGAAGAUCCGAAGGCGGAUACACAGCGAUACUUGCUGCUCCUAGCAAGGAGUUUAUCAAGCUGAUCUUGCUGAUUUCAAACAAGUCAUCUGACAGGUCGCUACUAUUUCUCAAGGUUGACGGCAAAGUGAUAGCCUCAUGCGUUUUGUUUAGAAUUGGUGACACCAUUACUUCUGACAUCCAAGGCUUGGACCAUGAGUUUGCAAGACCUAUGAAAGGUUACUUCGUAAUGAUGCAAGAAACCAUUGCAAUCGCUCUCAAGGAAGGGAAAACGUUUGUGGACUUCGGGCCCACCACAGAGAAAGCAAAGAUGAGUAUUGGUUGCAAAUCUGUCCCGUUGACCGGUGCGUUGUUUACAAACUUCCCUCUUCUUUCCUUCGUCGUUUCACUUGCUGCUGCUAGGGUCAAGGUUUAA